GGCUGGGCCAGGCGGCGCCUCGGGGGCUGCUGCGCGCCCGCGCCUAGAGCUGCCGCCCCAGGGAGCCCGCCACGGCCGCGCCCCGGGCACGCUCGGUGGCGCCCAACGAUGACCGCUCCCUGGCGGCGCCUCCGGAGUCUGGUUUGGGAAUACUGGGCCGGGCUCCUCGUGUGCGCCUUCUGGAUCCCAGACUCGCGCGGGAUGCCCCACGUCAUCCGGAUCGGAGGAAUCUUUGAGUAUGCGGACGGCCCCAACGCCCAGGUCAUGAACGCCGAGGAGCAUGCCUUUCGAUUUUCUGCCAACAUCAUCAACAGGAACAGGACUCUGCUGCCCAACACAACCUUGACUUACGACAUUCAAAGGAUUCAUUUCCACGACAGCUUUGAGGCAACCAAGAAAGCCUGUGACCAGUUGGCACUGGGUGUGGUAGCCAUCUUCGGACCAUCACAGGGUUCCUGCACCAAUGCUGUCCAGUCCAUCUGCAACGCCUUGGAGGUGCCCCACAUCCAACUUCGCUGGAAGCACCACCCCCUGGACAACAAAGACACCUUCUAUGUGAACCUCUACCCCGACUACGCCUCUCUCAGCCAUGCCAUCCUCGACUUGGUCCAGUCCCUCAAGUGGCGGUCAGCAACCGUGGUCUAUGAUGACAGUACAGGUCUCAUCCGGCUGCAGGAGCUCAUCAUGGCCCCAUCCAGGUACAACAUUCGCCUGAAGAUCCGCCAGCUCCCCAUCGACUCGGAUGACUCACGGCCCUUGCUCAAGGAGAUGAAGCGGGGCCGGGAGUUCCGCAUCAUCUUUGAUUGCAGCCACACCAUGGCAGCCCAGAUCCUCAAGCAGGCCAUGGCUAUGGGCAUGAUGACCGAGUACUACCACUUCAUCUUUACCACUCUGGAUCUCUACGCACUAGACCUGGAACCCUACCGCUACUCAGGGGUGAACCUGACUGGGUUCCGCAUACUCAACGUGGACAACCCCCAUGUCUCAGCCAUUGUGGAGAAGUGGUCCAUGGAGCGGCUCCAGGCAGCUCCCCGGGCGGAGUCUGGCCUGUUGGAUGGAGUGAUGAUGACUGACGCAGCCCUGCUCUACGAUGCCGUCCACAUCGUGUCUGUGUGCUACCAGCGAGCACCGCAGAUGACCGUGAACUCCUUGCAAUGCCAUCGGCACAAGGCCUGGCGCUUUGGUGGCCGCUUCAUGAACUUCAUCAAGGAGGCUCAAUGGGAAGGAUUAACUGGACGGAUUGUUUUCAACAAAACCAGUGGUUUGCGGACUGAUUUUGAUCUGGACAUCAUCAGCCUGAAGGAAGAUGGCCUGGAGAAGGUUGGGGUGUGGAGUCCAGCUGACGGUCUCAACAUCACUGAGGUUGCCAAAGGCCGAGGUCCUAAUGUCACCGACUCUCUGACCAACAGGUCGCUCAUUGUCACCACUGUGCUGGAGGAGCCCUUUGUCAUGUUCCGCAAGUCCGAUAGGACCCUUUACGGCAAUGACCGCUUUGAGGGCUACUGCAUCGACUUGCUCAAGGAGCUGGCGCACAUCCUGGGCUUCUCCUAUGAGAUCCGGCUGGUGGAAGAUGGCAAGUACGGGGCCCAGGACGACAAGGGCCAGUGGAACGGCAUGGUCAAGGAGCUCAUUGACCACAAAGCAGACCUGGCCGUGGCUCCCCUAACCAUCACCCAUGUCCGAGAGAAGGCCAUCGACUUCUCUAAGCCUUUCAUGACCCUCGGAGUGAGCAUCUUAUAUCGCAAGCCCAACGGCACCAACCCCAGUGUCUUCUCCUUCCUCAACCCUCUUUCCCCGGACAUCUGGAUGUACGUGCUCCUCGCCUACCUGGGUGUCAGCUGUGUUCUCUUUGUUAUCGCCAGAUUCAGCCCUUACGAGUGGUAUGAUGCCCACCCUUGCAACCCCGGCUCCGAGGUGGUGGAGAAUAACUUCACACUGCUCAACAGCUUCUGGUUUGGAAUGGGCUCCCUCAUGCAACAAGGCUCUGAACUGAUGCCCAAAGCUCUGUCUACCCGAAUCAUUGGUGGCAUCUGGUGGUUCUUCACACUCAUUAUCAUUUCGUCCUACACGGCCAACCUGGCUGCCUUCCUGACCGUGGAGCGCAUGGAAUCGCCUAUCGACUCUGCUGAUGACCUGGCCAAGCAGACCAAAAUUGAAUAUGGUGCUGUCAAGGAUGGGGCCACCAUGACCUUCUUCAAGAAAUCCAAGAUCUCUACCUUCGAGAAGAUGUGGGCCUUCAUGAGCAGCAAGCCCUCGGCACUGGUAAAAAACAAUGAGGAGGGGAUCCAGCGGACGCUCACAGCUGACUACGCUCUGCUCAUGGAGUCCACUACCAUAGAGUACAUCACACAGAGGAACUGCAACCUCACCCAGAUCGGUGGCCUCAUUGACUCCAAGGGCUAUGGCAUCGGCACACCCAUGGGCUCCCCCUACCGGGACAAAAUCACCAUCGCCAUUCUGCAGCUGCAGGAAGAGGACAAGCUUCACAUCAUGAAGGAGAAGUGGUGGCGAGGCAGUGGGUGUCCUGAGGAGGAGAACAAGGAGGCCAGCGCACUGGGCAUCCAGAAGAUCGGCGGCAUCUUCAUCGUCCUGGCUGCCGGCUUAGUCCUGUCCGUGUUGGUGGCAGUGGGCGAGUUUAUAUAUAAACUCCGCAAGACAGCGGAGCGGGAGCAGCGCUCCUUCUGCAGCACAGUAGCCGAUGAGAUCCGCUUCUCCCUCACCUGCCAGCGCCGUCUCAAGCACAAGCCGCAGCCUCCUAUGAUGGUCAAGACGGAUGCGGUCAUCAACAUGCACACGUUUAAUGACCGCAGACUUCCAGGCAAGGAUAGCAUGAGCUGCAGCACUUCGCUAGCCCCUGUCUUCCCCUAGACGUGGGUGCGGCGGGGACGUCAGGCCUGGUCCACGCAGAGGAAAGCAAAGGAGACCGGAAGGGACAUCCUCAUCUCAUGCUGGCCUUGGGAAUGGAGCUGCUGCCUGCAUCCAGCUGUGUGUGGACCAUCAGCUCUUACCUACCAGGAAACCAGUGGGCCCUAGGCCAGCUGCUUGGGCUUCAUCUCCUCUUGUCUUUUCUGUGGCUUUCUAAAGCUGUGAAGGCCAGCGGAAGCACAUGCCUCUCAGGCUCCACUCGCCACCCCUCUCUUCUCCAUAGCCAGGUAUUUCUGCCAUGGCUCUGCGAGGCCUCAGAAGAUAGCUCUUAUACUCUCUUCCUUUCCCUCAAGCCUGGGACCUUCUAGCACGCAGCCAUGAGAGCAGAGACUCCAACUUUGAACACCUUAAGGAUGUUCUAAUGAGGCUGCCAGUGGGAGCCCAAAGGCAGCCAUCCAUCCAUACAUGAACAGAAGCAAGGCUUCAGCUUUUAAGGGCUGUUCACCUGGGUCUGGUCUUCUCAACCUGGCUUCACCCACAGCAGCCGCUUGGCAACAUGGAAAGCAGUGUGGAAAGGAGGAGUUUGGUAUAGGAGAAGGAGAGCGCACAGACGGAGGCUGCAGUCUCAGAUGCUUAAGUCCAGUGUCCCAAGGCACGGGUGUUUAGGAAGUCUCCGAGAAUGGGAAUGAGGUAGCAACCACAGCAAAUUCUUCUCCACUUCUGAAAGAGAGAAGAGAAGACACCCUCUCUCAUAAGGAGUGUCCAAAGACUCAAUUGGAAGGUCAGCCGAAGAAAAACGGAUACUAUGAAAAUCCCAAAGGCCCUUGAUCUAAUAGACCGACUUGGCGGGUAAACAAGCCAGCAUUCAGGAACCCUGGGUUUUCCACCGUCUGUUCAUUGGCCAGUCCCUGUCCCGCCCAUUUGAAUUUGGCCUCCCUCUGUCAUCCCGAAAAGAGAAGAGCAGCCUCAACUGACAAGAGGGGUUGGUGUCCCCCUGCGCAGACAAACUUUGGGGUAGGUGGGAGGAGCCAGAGGGGACCUAAAGAACCUUCUGGGCAUGCCCAAUCUAAAGCGCCCCCUAGAGAAAGAAAGCUUUCAGGGGUGGAAUAUGAGACCUCCAGAGGCCCCCAGGCUGGGGAGGGAGAAGCUGCCUCCUGGAAAAUUAACCAAAGACCCAACACAGAGAUUCAAGGCCAUCCUGGCCCCUAGUCUCUUUUCUGGAGCAGCUAUGGUCUGAGGGGAUUUGGGGGAGAAGAGAAGAAGCAGAGGAGAAGCCAGGGAGGGGACAGCCAAAGGGGUGAGUAGAUGACCUGUGGUUCCCACUCUGGAGGUUUGAAACUAUAAAAGUCUUAGGAAAGAUUCAGCUGUGAGGGGUUAGGCAAAAAGUGUCCUUACAGAGAGCAUGACAGGGCCAUCAGGGCCCCCACAGCUAAGGGUGGAAGUUGAUCUCUGAUGAGGGACCAGGGUGGGCAACAUGGGCUGAGAACUGGGGGACUCUAGUCCCACACUCCCCCACUUUCCUGGUGCUGCCAGGCCUGGAUGAGCUACAGCUAGAUCUCAAGAGCCCUCUCAGCAGAGGUGAAGGAACCCCUUCAGCCAAGCACCCUUCCUCACUGGCAUGGGUGAUUAAUCCCAUCAUGCUGGUUCUCGGGAGCUCUGGCUGUUUGUCUGCACGGGAGGGUGGGAGGAGAGACUUGCAGCCAAGCCCAGUGCAUGAAAUGAUAGGAAAAGCCGUGCCGGCAGGAGGGAGGAGCGUGCACAUGUCUGUGUGUUUAACUUUGUAUGUAUGAGUUUCGGGGGCUGAUGAUGAAGGACAGACAUGAUGGAUAUAUAACAUAGUCCAUAGCAGGCAAUAAUAGGGGCCUCCUUUGGGACGUGUGUGUGUGUGUGUGUACGUGAGUGAAAUGGGGAGGAAGGAGCCCAAUCAGGACCAGCAACGGAGCCUCAUCUAUGUAAAAACAGGAGAAGCCAUGUUGAGAUGGGGUUCUGAUGAAUAUAUGGAUGGAUGCAAGUGUGCAUGAAUUUGUGUGUGUGUGUGUGUGCAUGUACAGUCGCGCGCACACACACACAUAUGCACACAUCUGUGUACUGAAUGACAGAGGAUGGGGAGCAGGAUACAUACAACCUGCAGCAUAGCCAAAUAUAUGUAAAAGGAGAAGCCAUGUCAUCAGAGGUCCUUGUAUGAGUGUGCACACACACACACACACACACACACACACAGGUGUGUGGGCUUGUGUGCCCUGAAGACAGCAGGGGAGGUCAAACGAGACUGCUGUGCCCUGUGGAUAUGUGCUGUGCAGGAGGAGUCGUGUGAAAAUGGAGUGUGUGUGUGUGUGUGUGUAUGUGUGUGUGUGUGUGUGUGUGUGCUUGCUCAUACCCAUGCAUGUGCAGAGGUGUACCUAAAUUCCAGUUCACAUCAUGAGUUGAGGCAGCAGAGCAAUCAGUAAGGCAGGACACCAGGGUUUGUUUGCAUGUCUAUUGUAGGAGGGAUCAUUUGCCACAGCUUUCCUGAGCCUCCGUGGGAAAGUGUGCAGGGACUUUCGGGGCUCACAGCUGGUGACUCCUUUGCUGUUGGUGGUAUCCUGUUGGAAGGGAAAACAUUCCCUUUUUCUUUUCUUUCUUUCUUUCUUCCUUUCUUUUUUUUUUUUUAAACCAACCCUGCUGUCAGGAUUCUAAUGAAACCAUUCUCCAGUCUGUUCUCAUCCACUGUGUUCAUUAACCCCUGUCUUAUGUUGUCCGAUACAGUUUUAUAACACACACCCACAUCCGUGUUCAUAUCACACAUGUGCUUUUGUGCAUGACACGGCAGAUGUGUCAUGUUCUUCUGAGGCUAUGCACAUACGUAGACUGUGAUGGGAAAAGGAACGGGACACGGUGGGAAGGAUGUUCAUGAAGGUAAUGAAGCGUGAGGGUGAUGGCACUGGGUUGGUUUAUAGACUCCUAGGAGUAAGAGGGGCGGCAGGCUGCAGGAUCUCCCCUUCCGCUCGAGCCUUACGUCCAGAAGUGUGGCUAACGCCUGCCCUCUGGCUGAAGCCCUGUGUUUGUCCUAGAGACCAGCCCAGUGCCAAGCACCCUGGAGACCACUCUGCCCAGCUGAGCUGUGUCUCUCUCAGGGUAGGGAUGGAAGUCAAGAAGGAGGCAGAUCAAGUGGAAACCUGUCCCAACCCCCUAAGGGGUGCACAGAGCUGGGGCUGGAGCACACAGAGGCACUAAAGAACUAUGGGAAACACCAAAACCGGUUUGGAUGGAGCAAAUGGGGUAUACCUAAGCAGGUGCCGGCUGGUUGUCUCUGUCUGAACCUACAGUCCAGCCCUGAAUGGAAGAGCACCUCAUGCCACCAUGUCUGGGCCUGAGCUCCAUCUGUUUGUUCUAGCCCAGUGGAGAGGCAGCACCUACCUUGUCCAGGCCGUGGGGGCUAUUAUACAGUGAGCCUCCUUCUGCAGGUACCAUGACCUACAUCCAGUUUCUCUGCUAUGGACAGAUGAUGAAACCUGAGCACUCUGGGUGCUCAGGUGGCUCCCGUCUGGAGGCAUCUUUCGAGAGGGGAAAAUGAGGUGUUGGCCAGUGUGCUACACUUAGAGUCCCUGAGGUAGGAGAUUGUCCCUACCCAUCCUGGACUGCAUCUCAGCAGGAAGAGCACUUCCUGGGUCCUGCCCUUGUAGCAUGCAAUGGGGGAGGGGUGAACAGAUUAAAUAUAUCCAUGGGGGAGCAGAAGUCAGACUGGGCCCACAGUCCCCAAGUAUCGUCUGUCCCUCCCUACCUUUCUUUCUGGUCCAGGGAGGGCUGAAGGUGGGAUGCAGCUGCGGCUGCUUCAUGCUGCAUGAGGUCAUGCCACACACACACUCCAGAGACAUUCCCUACUGUAGGCACCAGCAUCUGAACAUGACAGCUCCAUGGUCCACCUCUGGAAUUGCCCUGCGUAUAUGCCCAUCUGGAAGGGCCCUCAUGUCAUGGACAAAGAACUGUAUGGCAUUAACAACUGGAACCCACCCAGCCCAGUGGACAGAUUCGAGAAUUGGGCCCAGCCCUGUGGGCAGGUCUUUAAGUAAGAUAUAUCUGGACAUCCCAGGUUGUUGGGGCAGGGUGCACAUCUGGAAUAGGCCUAGCCACUUGCCGCAGUGGAAGGGGCCUUGCCCUCUGUCUCCAUGUUCUGGAGUUGAAAUUUUAGAGCUGAGGUAUAUGUGAAGUCACAGAACUGUUUUAGGUAGAAGGCUAAUGUUCUGUACAAUAUAUAUAUGAAUGUAAAAUAUAUAUAUAUGCUUAUAUAUAUAUGCACAGUGUAUAUAUGACCCACAACCCCUGUGUAUACAACCCUUCCCUGCACGUCUGCACACAGUGUACAGAACCCAGCCAGUAUGGGUGGGGACCCAGUGAGAGAUGGGGGCUGCAGCAGAAAAGUCAGGUCUACUUAUACAGCCCUCUGGAACAGGCCUUGCCAGCAUCAGUAUUAUAGACCAUGGCAAAGAGGGCAGACUAGUGUGGAGCUGGCAGGUGAAUUGGGGAAGGGGCAGCCAUGGGUGAGAGUCUCCACCUGGGAGUCUCUAAGGCAGGGCAGUGGGCAUGUCUGGGGAACAUGGGCCUUGGGCCUUUGGGUCCUUGAUCCUGAGCCAGCAUCACAGUCGAGCCUCAGUAUCUAGUGCUAGGGAGAAGGGUGAGGAAAGAGGGGUCCGUGCCCCAGGCCUACCCUUACACCUGCCUACAGAACGGCCUGGAAGGUGUCAGGCUGCAUCUGAAACAUCCUAGGUGUCAGAGGACCCUGGGUGGCCGAGGCCUCAUGUAUGCAAGUUACCCACAGCUCACGGCUAGAGUGAGUCUCUUUUGAAGAGAAAGGCCCGAGGGCACUGCUGACAUGCCCAUUCAGCACCCUGAUAACCCAGUUAUGGAUCUGGCUCUCAUUCUCCUGCCUUCUAGAAUAACGGUCCUCAAAUCACCCCAUAGUUUUCUGUUUUAGUUUUCUAGACCAAAAUUCUGAGGCCUCCCAGUGGAAGGAAGAACUGUAGAUUCAGUAGUUAGAGGGUAGCCAAGAGGCUGCCCCCUUCAUUCUGACACAGUACCAGAUGUGAGGGAAUUAUCAAGGAACCAGAGAGACGGGAGAUGAGAGAUUCAAGAAGGCGACGCCUGACCUUGCACAGCCCCUUACUGUCUGCCGGUCCUUCUCUCUGUUGCUUCUUCCAAAAGAGGGCAGCUGGCAGCGAGCCCUUGACAGGCAGGCCACAGACCUCUGUCCCUGCCUCACCUGGAUCUGUCUAUUGCCAGUAAUUUGAGGCCUUCAGCCCCUUCCUGGGUCCAAGCAUCGGCGCUAGAGUGUGCUGGGGAGAGGAGACCUGGGUUUUGCUUCUGUGUGGUCUGCAGCCUGCCCUCUGCUUCAGCCCCAGCCCUCAGGCCACCUGCACUUAAAGGCCAGGCCCGCUCCUGCAGCCAUGGCCAAGCGCAUCUAAAUCCAGCCGCUGAGGAGGGUCCUGACCUGGCUCCAUAGAGACCAGAGGCUCCAGGAGCCCUCACGCCACUGUGCUCUGAAACCCCAGCCCAUUCCUGCCUGGGCUGACUUCCUGGCUGGGCCUCCGUGGUGGGGACCUCAGCUCCCAACUCCUGGGCUGAGCCCCUAGACAGCACCAUGGGACUCCAAGAGCCCUGGCCUGUCCCACUACCCAGACCAGAGUGCCUGGACGCCCCCACCCCCACCUCCCACUCAACAAGGUUCCCACACACUGGUCUCUGGGCCAUUCAGGGGGUGCCCUUUGUGGACAUGCAGAAUUUCUAUGAAUAUAGUUUUUUGUAAACAUUUUGUAACAAUUUGGGUUUCAUAGUAACUGUGUUACUUGCCAAUCAUUCUAAGCUGAUGUAAAUAAAUUUCCAAACAAAUCUGAUUAUUUUCCUUUUUAAGACACUGUGAUAUAUCAAAAGUGCACAGUUUGCUGUAUGAAGUAAUAUGGUUUUAAAUUUUAAAUAAAUGUUUUUAGAAAAUGGG